UGGAAUGCUAUCCAAUGGGCCUCCAGGUAGACUGGCCCAUCUGGAAGGACAAGAAAGGGGGUAGUGGUUCCUCCUGUCCUCGCGGGGUGGGGGAUCGUAGAACAGUCCAGUUCACAUUCUCUCUUCCACCCCCUCCACCUUCCCGGUGGGAGUGGCUUAAAGUGACAUACGGGGGCAUGGUUUGGGUUCUCUAAAGAGCCAAUCAGCAAGGAGAAAGGGAGUGGGAGUGGGUCAGUUGGAGGAGAGGGAAAAGUUUGUUUGAGAAAAGUUUUUUUUAAUUUUUUUAUUUAAAUAUUAAAGAGAAAGAUAGAAAAGGUAGAAGGCUCAGAAAGAGGUAUUGCGCUAAAGGGGGGGAGAGCAGGGGGUGAAUCUCCUAUCUCCUCCACCUGGCCCCCAGUUCCUUUUGGGGGCAGAGGGAGGGGGUUUGCAACCCUAUUAGGCUGCAGCCACCGUUUCCCCCUCCCCACCCCCUGAAAAAAAAUGGGCGCAGCAAACUGUGAAGAUGAGGACUUAGAGUUCAAGCUGAUUUUUGGAGAGGAAGAAAAAGAGCAUCCGGCUAUGGGGGUCCCCUUGGAAGACCUGGAUACGGACACCCUCCCUGCCUAUUGUUCUCUUACUCUGGGUGACCCGCCUCCCUACACCUCUCCCCUGGGCAUCCCGUGUCCACUGCACCUUGGUGGGGGCCGUGCGGGCAUGCACUCUCCCCCUCCCCGUCCAGCUGACUUGGAUGGUGACACCUUUGAGAGCCAGCCGGCCCGGCGAGUCCGCCUAGGAGGCUCCCGUGUGCUGGAGUGCCCGAGCAUCCAGAUCACGACAAUUUCGCCAGGCCGUCGGGCCGAGGAAGAUGACUGGGACUCCUCGCCGCGUGACUACCUCCUCCUGGAGGCCUUUGGGGGCUACCGCGAGGCAACUCCGUCUUCCGGUUUCUUCACGCCUAGUCCUGCCAGCAGUGGUAGUGUCUCGCCCUGGAGUUUUUUUUCAGAUGACGAGGCCCCUGCGGGGGAUGAUGUGGAGUGUGAGCUGAAUGAGGCGGCAGCUCGUUUUGCCCUCAGUUCCCCCUUGGGUUCUCCUCGGGGCUCCCCCAAGCCGUGGUCAUCUGCUGAUGAGUCUUGGCCGGCCUACGGUGCCAGCUAUUCCCCAAGCCGGGGAACGGAGGAUGGGUGGAUGCUUCUGGGCCCACGGCCAGCUUCUCCCUGUGGCAAACGGCGCUACUCCAGCUCUGAAACACACUCCUCUGCGUCCCCGUGUCUUUCCCGGAGGGGCAGCCUGGGUGAAGAGGCCCCGGGGGAGUCCGUGGAGGCAGGGGGCGACACAGCCCCCUUCAGCUGUACUGGAGCCCGGCCAGCUGAAAGCAUUCCCCAGAAAGCCCGGAAGACCUCGACAGAGCAGACAGUGGCACUGACCAGGAAGGAGGAAGGGAGCUGCAAUGGGGAGGAUGGGGGCAGCAGCACCACGGGGGGCUUUGGACUUGGAAUGGCACGUAAAGAAGGAAUGGAUUACCUGGCAGUGCCUUCCCCGUUGGCCUGGUCCAAAGCUCGUAUUGGAGGUCACAGCCCUGUAUUCCGGUCUUCUGCUCUCCCACCUCUGGACUGGCCUCUCCCCAGUCAAUACGAACAGUAUGAACUGAAGAUCGAGGUGCAGCCUCGAACUCACCACCGAGCCCAUUAUGAGACAGAAGGCAGCAGGGGUGCAGUGAAGGCUGCUCCAGGAGGACAUCCCGUGGUGAAGCUUUUAGGCUAUGAUGAGAAACCCCUCACUUUACAAAUGUUCAUCGGCACAGCAGAUGAGAGGAACCUGCGCCCCCAUGCCUUCUACCAGGUGCACCGAAUCACUGGCAAGAUGGUGGCUACCACCAGCUAUGAAUCCAUCAUCAAUGGCACCAAAGUCCUUGAGAUGUCCCUGCUGCCUGAGAAUAACAUGGCUGCCAAUAUUGACUGCGCAGGGAUCCUGAAGCUACGGAAUUCAGACAUUGAGCUGCGCAAGGGCGAGACGGACAUUGGGCGCAAGAACACACGGGUGCGCCUGGUCUUCCGGGUCCAUGUUCCACAAGGGAACGGCAAAGUGGUCUCUAUCCAGACGGCCUCUGUGCCCAUCGAGUGCUCCCAGCGCUCAGCUCAAGAGCUCCCCCAAGUGGAAAACUACAGCCUCAGUGCAUGCUCUGUGCAUGGGGGAGAAGAGAUGGUGAUCGCUGGUGCUAACUUCCUACCUGAAUCAAAAGUUGUCUUCAUUGAACGAGGCCCCGAUGGAAAACUCCAAUGGGAAGAAGAGGCAAAUAUUAAUCAGUUGAAAAGCACAGAGGCCUCACUGACCCUCACAGUCCCUGAAUACAGCAACAAGCGGGUGUCGCGGCCUGUUCAGACAUAUUUUUACGUCUCCAAUGGGCGCAGGAAAAGGAGCCCUGCUCAGGCCUUCAAAUACUUGCCUGUGAUCUUCAAGGAAGAACCGCUUCCAGACUCCCCGCACCGUCGUUUCCCUCAAAGUGCUCCUUUCCAGCUACAGUCGACCCAGGGCGCCAUGGAUUUUUCCCCUUCCAGAGCCCCCUUCCCUUAUAGCCCUGAGCGUUCCUCACCUUGCUCCCCUUAUGGCCCCGACUGGAACCCUUGCUCAUUCUCCUCCCCAGCCCGCUACAACCCCACCUUUUGUUUCCCCCCCAACGAGGCCUAUAGGGGGGUUAACCUCUCUGUGCCCCUCCUCUCUCCAGCGGGCCUGCCUAACCUCCAUACUCUAGAUUGCCGCCCGCCCCACUUCCAGCCCCCCAGCCCCCAACUUGGCCCUCAGCCACCAGGGCGGGUGGAGAAUCGCAGCAGGGAGAGGACUCCAGAAUGGACAGAUCCAGAGCUAGGCUCCCAAGAGCAUAGUGCCAAAGAGCUGGAGAAAUCAGGGUUUGACGGAGGCUUCCGGGAUAACUUGCCUAUCCACGGGAUUACGCUGGAGGAAGUAACUGAGAUCAUCGGCAGGGACCUGAGCGACUUCCCUGACCCUUCCUGUGAAGGUGGGCAGAGCUGAGAUUCCACUGGAUCCUGGGGUGGUCAAGUCUUCGAAGAAAGACUUGGAAAGACUUGGAAACCCAGCUCAAGAGGAGGACCUGGAGAGAAUCGGCAACGGCAAACAUCGCCCUGAGCAACGGUUGUGCCAGUUUUCAGGGAUCCUCUGUAUGCACGAUUUUGACUCUUGACAUUUCCUGCCUAUCCUCUCCAUUCAUUCUGUUGCCCCUUUUCUUUCGUUUCCACUGGCGCUUCCAUAACGGCAAAGUAAAAGCUCAAGAAUUGUCCUGGGUGGGUCGUCCUCUGGUGAUGUUCAGCCAGAAGAAGGCUCAAAGGAAGCUCACAAGCAGAACUGCCAUCAUGGUAACCACCUUGUUUGUCCAUAGUAUCUGGUGGAUUUAUGCGGUCUUGGACAAAAAAGCAGUCUUGCACAUCUGGCUACCUAAUCUUCCCUCUAUUUAUCUAACCACUUUCUAAAAUCCCUCUGUGAUGUUGGCCAGCGCAAUGUCCUGUGGAAAUGAGCUCCAUGGGUUAAUCUGCCCAGCAUGACCCAUCUAGAUGAGACCUUCCUUCUGCCAGAUUGUCCAUCCAAGUUUCCUGCCCAUUUUCCCCACCACCAUUGCUAUCAUCAUGCCGCCUGCUCUGUCUGUCCAUCUGUCCAACCAUACAACUUUCCCUUUUCUCUCCUGUAGCAGAGAAGGGUUCAGAGUUCCAUCCAAGGUUGACAGUUGCUCCUUGUUUGCUUGGGGCAUGCGUUGGAAAGCACAGCGGUUCCCAAAACGGUGCUCUAACUUGCCGUGGGUUUCUGCAGAACCUUCUCAGAAGGCUCCUUGGUGAGAUGAUCAGGAUUGGCAAGUGAGAUUCUCUGGAAGGCAGAAUGCCCAUAAUUCCUCGUCUUCUCUUGCAGCCUGGAGUUGCAGGAGAGUGCCGUGUGCGUUCUCCAGCACACACUUGGUGCAUCAGUCCUGACCAGUGAACCUGUGGCCCCCUACGUACUGCUGGACUCUCAACUCCUAUCAGCCCUCACCAUUGGCGAUCUUGGUCAAGACCAGUGAGAGCUGUGCUCCUAAAAAACAUCCACAGGUUUCAUAUCUCUGCAUUACAGGGAUGGAGUAUACAUGCCAGAACAUCUCCCAGCAUCUCUUGCUUGUUUGCAGGCCUGGGACUUCUUGGUAGGUGAUACUAUGGAGAGUUUUAAUGGGAAUGGACAGCCAGUGGGUCUCCAGAUGGUGCUGGACUCUGACUCUUAUCAGCCCCAGCCAGCAUGGCCAAUGGCUGAGGAUGAUGGGAGUUGUAGUCCAGUAACAAGAUCCGGAGGGCCACUUGCUAGCUACCCCUGAGUUUAAGACCCCUCUAUCCCUACAUCUGUCACCAUCUGUGGUGCAAUGAUCCUUCUGAAGAACAGUUGUGAUUAAUUCCUUCUCCAAUAGUUACCAUUCUCUCCAUUCUGGAAUUACUUUGUGUCCUCCUGAAGACACUUCUGGUGUGAGUGGAAGGAUUACACACCAGAGGUAAUGGAACUCUACCACUGUAAUUUCCCACCCUUUGUUAAAUAUAUAGGCUUCCAAGCAAAAAAGGAAAAUUAUUUCCAGCCAGUAGAAAAAGUCGUAAUAUUUGUCACUGGUACUAAUAGGAGAUGCUAGUCCUCAUGAACGCUCUCCAUUACAAGAAUUAAUAUAAGACGUGCCUUCAGCAGGCUUCUAUAUGUAUUACAGGAUCAGGAGGAGGAGGAGACACGUACAUGGUUUUAGAGCAAUGGCCUGCUUUGGAAGUGCCUUUCCUGUGUACAAUUCAAAUGUAUGUGUGUCCUCCAGAGCUCACUUGAUUGGCUGGUGCCUGUGAUAUCACCAAGAAGCCUCUUUCUCCCCCUCACACACCCAGA